AUGAUUUCUCUUCUAAUCUUUUUCAUAUUCUUUAUUUCUUCUCUCUAUUCAACACAUUCUUUACAUUUCUUACCAUCUAUUAUUAUUGAUCCAAUUAAUUAUCAUAAAUCAGAUCUAAUUCUAUAUGAUUUUCGUUAUGAAUUUCAUCCAACAUAUCCUUAUCGUUGCAUAUUACAAACCGAAUCGAAGUAUUUUUAUUUAAAUCCUUCAUGUCAAUUAUUAACACGAACAUCAUUAAAACAAUUUUGCUCAUUUAAUUCAACAUUAAAAUUAGAAAUUGUCUUUCCACAAAAUACAACAAUUUAUGAAAUAAAAAUUCAAUCAAAUCAAACAAAUUGUAAUAAAAAUUCUUUAUGUCAAUUUGAAAAAAAUCCUUAUCGUAUUAAAUUAAAAGAAAAUGAAAUCUAUAAAAAUUUUUUACAUAUUAAAACACUUUCACCAUGUUUAUCAACAAAUUAUUUAUUAUCAUCAACGAAUACAAAGAAAAAUUUUGAUUAUUUUUCUUUAAAUUCUACAACAGGAUAUUUAUCUUUAUUACAAUCAUUAGAUUAUGAAUCAAUAACAACAUGGAAAUUAGUUAUACAAGCUCAUAAUAUACAUCACAUACCAUUUUAUACAUAUGUUAUUAUUGAUGUAGAUGAUAUUAAUGAUUGUUCACCAUUACUUUCAUGGAAUUUUCCAUUACAAACCAUACAAAUUAUUAAUGAUACAGAUUCAUUUCAUAUUGAAAUUUCUGUGCAUGAAUCAAAAGUUGAACAAAAAGGUAUAAUUAUUGCAAAUUUAAUUGCAUCUGAUCUUGAUUCUCAAUUAAAAUUUGAUUUAAAAAUUAAUUCAUCUGGAUUUUUACCAUUCAAUAUCGAUGGUCCAUAUGGUGAUUCAACAUAUGUUUUAUUAACAAAUAUGAAACUUGAUCGAGAAUAUAGAGAUCAAUAUAUUUUAAAUUUAAUUAUAAGUGAUUAUGGAAAACCAAUAUUAACAUCGUAUUAUAAAUUAAAAAUAAAUAUCAUAGAUAAUAAUGAUAAUUCACCUGAAUUUGAUCGAGAUAUUUAUUAUGUUGAUAUACAAGAAAAUAAUUUUAUUAAUACAACAUUAAUACAAAUAUUUGCUAAUGAUUCGGAUAUAAAUGAAAAUGGACGUAUUACAUAUGAAUUGAAUAAUGAAAAAAAUAAUUAUGUUUGGAUUGAUCAUCAAACAGGAAUUAUACGAACAACUAUACAAUUUGAUUAUGAAGAAAUAAAAAAUUUUUCUUUUAAUGUUUCCGCUAUGGAUCAUCCGAAGAUUGGACAACAAUUUAAAACAACAGCUAUGGUCUUUGUGAAUAUAAUUGACCAAAAUGAUAAUAUUCCUAAAUUUCCUCAAUCGACAUAUGAAUUUUCAAUUUCUGAAAAUAAUGCUCCUCAAAGUUACAUUGGUCAAGUAACUGCUAUUGAUCCUGAUGGUCCAGUACUUAUUUAUACACUUGAUAAUCCAUCUGAUGA